GGCGUGGCUAUCAGCGCGAGGCGCAGCGGCUGCUCCUGUUCCUCAAAGCAUGAGCGCACCGGAGUUCGCGCGCGUGUCUCCAGGACGAAUGCGGGAGUGUUUGCAAGAACACAGCAUUUUUCAUAACAUCUCCGGAUGAGAAUUCCUACUCCCACAAGAUCUCAUCAUCGGAGGGCCAGAUUUUUACGUGGACGUGGGAUUGUCAGCCAGUCCUGAUCACCCCAUGUAGAGCACCACUAUGUCUGCCGUUGAUCCAUAUCAGUACAUCAUCGUCGAGCAGCAGUACUCGCACAAGUUUAAAGUGAAAGUGCUACGUGCAGAAAAUGUCACCAAAGGAGCUUUGGGUGACUUAUUGGACACCCCAGACCCUUAUGUAGAGCUAUUCAUUCCCACAUCUCCUGAGAGCAGAAAGAGGACACGGCACAUUGAUAAUGACAUCAACCCUGAGUGGAAUGAAAGCUUUGAGUUCAUAUUGGACCCAAACCAGGACAAUGUACUGGAGCUAACACUAAUGGAUGCUAAUUAUGUGAUGGAUGAGACACUGGGCAUGAGCACGUAUCGCAUUUCCCAAGUUAAAGUGGGACAAAAGGAAGAGGUGCCCUUUGUUAUAGGAAAAACCACAACAGUGUUCUUAGAGCUCAGUCUGGAAGUUUGUUCUGCUAUUGAUCUGCGGUUUAGCCUUGCACUGUGUGACAAAGAGAAGUUGUACAGGCAGCGGCGAAGGGAGCAUGUCAUGCUGGGUAUCAAGAAACUGCUGAACAAUGAGAAGCCACGAUUCCUGCCUUCUAGCUCCCAGGAGGUCCCUGUGAUAGCUGUGGUAGGAUCGGGUGGUGGGUUCAGGGCGAUGGUCGGCUUCUCGGGGGUCAUGAAGGCUCUGUACGAGUCAGGAGUGCUGGACUGCACAACAUAUGUUGCUGGCCUGUCUGGCUCCACGUGGUACAUGUCUACGCUGUACUCUGACCCGGAUUUCCCUAAAAAAGGCCCAGAGCUGAUUAAUCAGGAGUUAAUGAAGAGCGUGAGCAGCAACCCUCUCCGCCUGCUCCUGCCACAGCACAUCACCACCUACAUCCAGGCUCUGUGGAGCAAAAAGGCUAACGGCCAGCCUGUCACCUUUGCCGACAUCUUUGGAAUGCUCAUUGGAGAAACACUUAUUCCAUCUAGGAUGGACACCAAGCUGAGUGAGAUGCAGGAGAAAAUUAAUGAAGCGCAGUCUCCUUUGCCACUCUUUACCUGCCUGCAUGUCAAACCCGAUGUGUCCGAGCUCAUGUUCGCAGAUUGGGUGGAGUUCAGUCCCUAUGAGAUUGGCAUGUCGAAAUAUGGCACAUUCAUGACCCCUGACCUUUUUGGCAGCAAAUUCUUCAUGGGUACUGUAGUCAAGAAAUAUGAGGAGAACCCUCUCCACUUCCUGAUGGGGGUCUGGGGUAGUGCCUUCUCCAUUCUUUUUAACAGAGUAUUGGGGGUAAAGGAUGCCCCUGGAGGGAGCACCAUGGAGGAGGAGCUAGAACAUAUAAAACCCGAGCAUAUUGUGGGAGAAGACGGUCUGGACAAUGAUGAAGAGCCACGCAACGCCGGGACGCAGAAUGACCAGCAGAAUGCACAGGCCAGCUGGAUGCAGCGCAUGGUUUCCUCUCUGUUCAGUGACUCAGGUCUGUUUAACACACGUGAAGGAAGAGCGGGAAAAGUGCACAACUUUAUGCUGGGUCUCAACCUGAACACUAGCAUCCCUUUCUCACCCUUCAGUGAGGUCUUGACCCAAAACUAUCCUGAGGAGGAGGUAGAUGCUGUAACAGACCUCAAUGAGUUUGACCGCAUCUACGAGCCACUAGAUGUUAAGAGCAAGAAGAUCCAUGUCGUGGACAGUGGCCUGACCUAUAACCUUCCCUAUCCUUUAAUCCUGAGGCCUCAGAGGGGUGUUGACCUCAUAAUCUCCUUUGACUUUUCGGCACGACCCAGUGACUCUAGUCCUCCAUUCAAGGAGCUUUUGUUGGCUGAGAAAUGGGCACGUAUGAACAAGCUUCCCUUUCCCAGAAUUGAUCCCAAAGUGUUUGAUCGAGAAGGGAUGAAAGAGUGCUAUGUCUUUAAGCCCAGUAAGGGAGAAAAGAACUGUCCCACCGUCAUCCACUUUGUCUUGGUUAACCUAGACUUUAGAAAGUUUAAAGCUCCAGGUGUUCCUCGAGAGAGUGACGUAGAAAAGGAGUUCGCUGACUUUGACAUCUUUGAUGACCCUGAAACACCAUACUCCACCUUUAACUUUCAGUAUUCCAACAAGGCCUUCACUCAGCUGCACGAUCUCAUGGAGUUCAACACGCUUAAUAACAUCGAGGUGAUCAAAGAGGCGAUUAAGGAGAGCAUUGUGUACAGGAAGGAGAAUCCAUCUCGCUGCUCGGUGUCACUCUCUCUCAGCGAGAUACAGAACAGAAAGUUUUUAAAGAGGGAUACCAGAGGGCUCGUGCUCAAAUGACCUGAUGUAUUAUAAACGGAUUAAACGUCUGCUUACGCUGAA